ACUGGUUUUUGGUUGUGUCUCGUGUAUGUCAAAAACACGGCACGGGCUUCCUCUUCAAUAAAGCCCUCCCUUUCUCUUGCCCCUCUCUUCGCCGGCAACGCCCAACUUUCCGGAAUUAUUUAUCCGGCUCUGCUGAUCGGUUCGAUACAAUCAGUUCUAUUAUUUAUACGAUUUGGGUUUCACACAGUUAAUUUAUUGGGGUGUUUUAUUUUGAUUGGUGCGGAAUUUGGUUGCUUGAGGGAUCGAUCAUGGAGGACUGUUCCAGCGGCGACGAGGCCUACGACUAUUCCUCCGAUCGAGAUUCCCUUGACGCCAUCGAGAAUGAGGAACCCGAUUACCCGGGUGUAUCUUCCAAGAGCUCUUCCACCAAGGUCAUUACAAAGGAAUCUCUUUUGGCUGCACAGAAGGAGGACCUACGUAGCGUCAUGGACUUGCUGUCUCUAAAAGAACACCAUGCGCGGACAUUACUUAUACAUUAUCGUUGGGAUGUAGAGAGAUUGUUAACAGUGUUUGUAGAGAGGGGCAAGGCAAGCUUGUUUUCUGAAGCAGGUGUUUCUAUGGUUGAGUGCCAAGAAACCAAUUCAGUGCUGUCUUCUUCAUGUACAAUUAUGUGUGAAAUUUGUAUAGAGGAGGUUUUGGGUGAUAAGGCAACAAGAAUGGACUGUGGCCAUUGUUAUUGCAAUGACUGCUGGACAGAGCAUUUUAUAGUGAAAAUAAAUGAGGGUCAGAGUAAGCGCAUUAGGUGCAUGGCCCACAAAUGUAAUGCCAUUUGUGAUGAAGCUGUUGUUAGGAAUCUUGUCAGUAAAAGACAUCCUGAUCUGGCAGAGAAAUUUGAUCGUUUUCUUCUUGAGUCAUAUAUUGAGGAUAAUAAGAUGGUUAGAUGGUGCCCUAGCACACCUCAUUGUGGAAAUGCAAUACGUGUUGAGGAUGAUGAAUUUUGUGAGGUAGAAUGUUCUUGCGGUUUCCAGUUUUGUUUCAGUUGCUUAUCAGAAGCACACUCGCCUUGCUCAUGUUUGAUGUGGGAACUUUGGAUCAAGAAGUGCCGAGAUGAAUCUGAAACAGUUAAUUGGAUCACAGUACAUACAAAGCCUUGUCCAAAGUGUCACAAACCUGUGGAGAAAAAUGGAGGAUGCAACCUUGUGAGCUGCAUCUGUGGACAAGCAUUCUGUUGGCUGUGUGGUGGGGCUACUGGGCGGGACCAUACUUGGUCAAGAAUUGCUGGUCACAGUUGUGGUCGUUACAAAGAAGACCGCGAGAAAAACACUGAGCGAGCAAAGCGGGAGCUUUAUCGCUAUAUGCACUAUCAUAACCGUUAUAAAGCUCAUACAGAUUCCUUUAAGCUUGAAAGUAAGCUUAAGGAAACUAUCCUAGAGAAAGUGUCAAUUUCAGAAGAGAGAGAAUCAAGGCUUAGGGAUUUCAGCUGGGUAACCAAUGGCCUCUACAGACUUUUCAGAUCAAGGCGGGUUCUUUCAUAUUCAUACCCAUUCGCAUUUUAUAUGUUUGGGGAAGAACUAUUCAGGGAUGAGAUGUCAAAUGACGAAAGGGAAAUAAAACAGCACCUGUUUGAGAACCAGCAGCAGCUGCUUGAGUCGAAUGUGGAGAAACUCUCCAAGCUUUUAGAGGAGCCAUUUAAUCAAUAUGCCGACGAUAAAAUUAUGGAGAUACGGAUGCAAGUAAUCAACCUGUCUGUAAUCAUCAAUAACCUCUGUAAGGAAAUGUAUGAGUACAUAGAGAAUGAGGUACUGGGUUCUAUCCAAGUUGGUAACCAUGGUAUAGCUCCUUACAAAUCAAAGGGUAUUGAGAAAGCAUCAGAACUUUCUGUCUGUUGGAAUGGUAAAGUCAGCAGCACAGCUGAUAAAUUUCUUCCAUCAGAUUGUGGCACCAGUGGUAAGUCAGAACAAGACUUUUUUUCUUUUUUUUUUUUGGACUUUUAUAAUUUGGAAGAAUGAGAAGUACUAGAUAUUUUGCACAUUAUGCCCAAAAAAUAUGACCACAUGAAAUAGUAUUUGCUUGACUACUUUAUUUAGCAUUGAAGCUUCAAUGGUUUUCUCAUUCUUGUGUUGGAGCAUUAAUGAUAUAUGCUUGGUAAGCUUUUUCUUAUUUGCAUGCUUUGGCUACAUAAGUGAACUUUAUAUUUUUGGCCAACCAUGAAGUUAAUUUCUAUCUAUGAUAAUUGUUAUUGACAUUGGAUAUGUAUUUCUAGAACUCACGUGCCUUAUGCAUGUUUUGUUGUCACAAUGAUAUGCAGGAGGGACUUCUGAACAUGAUCAACAUCCUGGGUUUGAGAGCCCGGAUGACAGUGGUUGCCCUUCUCCAAAGCGUGCUAGAAAGGAUAGCUAUGGAGGUGCAUUUUUUGAUUUGAACUUGCCUGCUGAAGUUAUUGACAGGAAUUGAUGCAGCAGAGGCUUUUCCUUAGAUAAGUAAAGGUGUACAGCUCUAACUCGAGAUUGCUUUCCAGAAGUGAAUGAUCAUUUCUGAAUUGAACGCCACCCUCCGCCCAUAAGCUUCUACCUUUUUAUGCCAGUAUCUUUUUGUGACAUUUAUAAAUUUCUACAUAUUUUUGAGACAUCUUGGAAGAGGAAUUUAGAAUAACAUGGUCUCUCAGGAUUCUCGGAAAAUCCAGAGUGUGUAUAGCCUUUUGUUGAGGUUUCUAUGAACAAUAUAUUUACUUGUUAGUUGAACUCUAAACUUGAGACUGGAACAAUGCUCGGAUACAUCUUUGGGGACAAGGACGGACUGAAU